AUGUUUAAAUUUAGAAAACUGUUUUCAUUAGAACAUGAUGUUGUACCAAAAAUACCAUCAACUCAAUUGCCUACAGCAUCAGAGGCAACAUCAUUUAGACCAAUUAUAUUUAAAAAUUCACAACCAGUCGAAUUAAUGGGUAAUAGUUCUAGCGCGCAUAGUCCAACACCUUCAAUAUCAAGUAGUUUUGGAGGAUUUUCAUCACCAUCACAUAACAAUAAUAACAAUAACAAUAACAAUAGUAAUCAUCAAAAAAAUAAUAGUGGCAACUACGUUGCAAGCAGUAGCUUUACAAAUACAAAUCCAUUGGGUAUCCCAGUAAACCCAUUAAAAUUAAACAACUCAAGUUUACCAAAUAACGACUUCAAACUUGGUACCUCACUAAACAACAGUCAAUAUGAUUUGGAUGGCGAAUCCAAUACAAGUAGUACAAGCCCUGACGGUGAAGAUAAAACUGAUAACUUAAAUAAAAUUUAUCAACAAAUUAAUUAUUCACAAUCAAUUAAUCUUCGAAUUAUUGGUAGAGAUAAAGGUGUAAUUUUAAUUUUGGCAAGAAACUCAAAAAACAAUGGUACUUAUAUCGACUUUUUUGAUAUCUCAAAACAUGAAUAUACAACAAUUUUAGAACAUCCAGGAAAUGUUGUCAGUGCAUCAUUAAGUGCUGAUGCAAAUAGAUCUUUUUUGGUAUUUACAGUUAAAUCAAUAAAUCCAAAAACCCAAAAAGAUUCAUAUUCAUCAUUUAUUUUUGAAACUUUAAACAAAAAACAACCACAAAACUUUAUACCAUUAGAAAUUGAUUCAGAAAAUCCAUUGGUUUAUCAUUUUUUAGCAGGAUUUCAUGAAAAGCAACAUUGUACAUUAUUAUUAUUUCAAAAUGAUGAAUGUCAUUCUGUAAAAAUUCAAUUAAAAACAGAGGACAACUCCUCCAAUCAUCACCAUAACCACUAUCCAUAUCAAUCUAUAGCGACAAAUAAGAAGACCACCAAAUCACUAAUAUUUAAAAGAUGCUAUUGGUAUCAAUUUGAUUAUCACAGUCAAAUAUUGUAUAGUUUACAUUUGAAGCAAAAGUCCAACUCCACUUUUUCUGCCAGCAGUAUAGGUGGCGUAGGCAAUUCAAACAACUCUAACAACAGUGGUACACAAGAAAGUCUUUUAAAAAUAUGGGCUUUGACCGGACCAAAAAUUAUAAAUACUCAUGAUGGUAUACCGUUACAUCUAAAUGUUAGUCUCGAAAGAAAGAUGUCUUCAAACUUCCCAUUCCCAUUAGGAGUUGGUAAAUAUGCUCCUUAUGAAGAACAACAAGUAUAUCAAAAUAUACAUAUCGUGCGUCUACCAACAGUUGGUCUAUGUUUGUGUCAUCAAGAGGAAUCAUCCAAACCAACACUUUCAAUUAAGAUCUCAAUUUAUCUACUUCAUUUAAAGCAAAAGAUUAGAUACUCGAUACCUUUGAAUACAAUGGAUGACGGAUGGUCAGCUGUUUCGAAAACUAGAGUAUUAUUUGAUAACUUUGGUAGUUUACUCAUGGUUUAUGUUCCUGGAUAUUUCUUUCAAUUUAUUGAUUGCGCACACGACCAUGAUCCAUCAUUUGGUAUUACACUAUACAGUAAAGAUUUAUCAACACCAUUAGCAGGAAUGAAUCACUCUCAAGACUCAUCCGAUAUUGUAUCAGUUCGUAGCCCACCUUUACCAAAUAAAAUUAGUCAAUCAGUCAUACCAUUUUACUUUUUAAACGGUAAUAUUAGUGGUGAAAAACCAGAGAAAUCAGCAUCCUCGUCAAGUGGCAAUGGCAACACCCAUGAUAAAUCAUCAACCAAAAACAGCAGAUUUUUAUUUGACUAUACAAAUGGUAUAUUAUAUCAUUACCAAUUUGAUAGAGAAUCUAUUAGAAAACUAUUUGAAGUGGGUAUGGACCCUGGCACCGAUAUUCAAGCAAUUCAUUUAGCAAUUAUCCAUAUGAACGAUGUAGAAUUAGGCUCCUCCAUUAUAACACAUGCUGCCAAAAACAACUUAAUCACCACAGAUCUAUUAAAAGAAUAUAUUUUAGCCAGUACAUAUCAUACCCUUAAAAACACCCAGUUAGAGAAUGCUAUUGGUAAUGUUUCAUAUUUAGAUUCCUUUUAUCUUCAAGCACUACCAAUAUCAUGCGCAGAAUCUAUCGACAUACAUACAACCAACAGAAAACUUAAGGAUUUAGAAGUCACACCAAUUAAUACAAACAUACCAAACAAUCUACUUUUAAAAGAGGAGAAUAGAAAGAGACUACGUUCAUUUGAGGUUACAAAGAAUGAAAUUAUGAACAAAGAUGGUCCAUCGUUUAGUGGUUUCUGGAGAAACUUUUUUGGUAUAGAUGAUGACUUUGUUGUAGUGGAUCCAAUGAAAAAAGAUAUAGGUAAACCAAGUGGUAUCAUGAGCAAUGGUUCAAAAUUCCUUAGCGAUCCAAAUCUAUUUGAAAACUAUCAAGAAGAUCCAUUAAGAGAUUUGCCACACUAUAUUUCAACAUUAACAGAAUUCCUCCACAGUGUUUCACAAAAGGAAAAUAAAGAACGUUUAAAUGAUUGGGCCAAUUGCUUCCGUCACAUUCAAAUUAAUGUAGUUAACAAUCUUUAUAAAACCAUUAAAAUAUGCUAUGGUUUCCAUCACAACAAUAGUCCAACCAAUCAAAUGGCAACACAGCAACAAUCAAAUACAAUUGGUGAAAUGAAACAUAGUACACGUUUAAUUCUAUUCCAAGUUAUGGAAAAACUUUACUCUGCUAUCGAAGAAUUGUAUUGCCCCUUCCCAAAAGAUUUUUAUACACAAUUUACAACAUUAGGUUUCUAUUGUCUUCAAAGACCAAUCUUUUUACAAUUUUUACAAAAAGGAAUCUUUGUUAUAACUGGUCAAUUUGUCAAAGUAUUAUUUAAAGAGUUCCCUACCAAAGAGAAUCUAACAGAGGAACAAAGAAAUUUCAUAAACCAAAUUGUGCUUCAACUACGUGACCAAGAAAGUGUUAUUGAAUUGCUAUCAGCUGAUCUUGUUAAUACCAAUAUCAUUGUUGAACACCUAAUAUCGCUAGCAACCCAAAAUAUUCAUCCAAAAGCAUCAUUAGACCCAAAUACAGAUCAAAUAGCAGAAUAUCAAGACACCAAAUUUAUUCCAUUAUACUUUUUACAAGAUUUCCUUAGAUCAUUAGCAUUACAUACACCCAGCUAUGUUAACCUAUCGAACUCCACAUCAGCUCAACAAUUAUUAGCCAAUCAACCACCAACACCACAAUCACCAAAUGGUAAAUUCCACACACCUCCAACAUCACCAAUUAGAAUCUCAAACAAUGGUAAUAAUAAUCAAUCCAUGUCAUCAUCAUACCAGCCAUUCUCCUGCUCCCCUGUUAUUAAUAACCCACACCAUCUUUCAAGCUCCAGUGGCAAUCUAAGUACAAGUUUAAGUGGUGCAAAUUUAGGAACAAGUUUAAAUGGUUCAAUCAUUGUUAAUUCAAAUGGUAGUGGUAACAGUAACGUAAAUACAAAUAUAACCUCCUCAAACAAUCCAAUUUAUUUAAAUAGAAAUCAUAUUCAAAGAGCAUAUAAUUUUUUGGACAAUAAUUCAGAUAAAAUUUUAGAUCAAUUAUUUUCAAAUAUUUAA